AUGUCACUGCCUCUGGCUGACCCACUAGCAGUUUCGUCCAUCCAAAUCACAUCGAUGCCGCGCUGGCUGCAACUGCUGGGCAUGUCGGCCCUGUGCCUACUGUACAGUCUGACCAGGGUGUUUGGCCUGUUGGCCACCGCCAACUCGAGUCCCCGGGGCAUCGAGAGGGUCAGACAGAGCCUCUACCUUCGCAUCCACGGCUGGGUGAUGAUGAUCUUUGUGGGCUGUUUCUCGCCCUACGCCUUCUGGUGCAUUUACCAACGGAUGGUCUUUCUGCGACAAAAUCAAAUCCUGAUACUGAUUGGCUUCAAUCGAUAUGUGCUGCUGCUCGUCUGGGCCUUUGCCACCCUGUGGAUACACUGCUCGAAGCAGGCGGAGAUCAUUGGAUGUCUGAAUCGAUUGCUCAGGUGUCGCAGGCAGUUAAGAAAACUGAUGUACACGCGGGAGCUCAGGGAUUCGCUGGACUGUCUGGCCACCAGGGGACACCUGCUGGAGGUGCUGGUGCUACUCGUUUCCUUCAUCCUCUCGUCGGCCCAGCCCAUUCAGGUGCUAAAGGACGAUCCCGAGGUGCGAAGGAACUUUGUGUACGCCUGCUGUCUGGCCUUCGUCUACAUGUGCCAACUCAUCCUGCAGCUUUCCCUGGGGAUAUACACGUUGGCUUUACUUUUUCUGGGCCACCUCGUUCUACACUCGAAUCUCCUACUGUCACGGAUUCUCGCGGAUGCAGGGAAAAUUCUGGAAAAUUCCCUUAUGUCAGGAUUUUGGCCGAACCGCCAGCAGCUGUAUGGAAAACAACAAAAGUGGUUGGCCCUCGAAUUAUGGAGAUUACUGCAGGUGCAUCAGCAAUUACUGAAGCUCCAUCGAUCCAUCUGCUCUCUGCACGGCGUUCAGGCCGUCUGCUUUGUGGGAUAUGUGCCCAUGGAGUGCAUGAUUCACCUGUUUUUCACCUAUUUCAUGAAGUACAGCAAGUUCAUCUUGCGGAAGUUUGGCAAACCCUUUCCAUUGAACUACUUUGCUAUUGCCUUUAUGCUGGGACUCUUCACCAAUCUUCUGCUGGUAAUUCUACCCACUUACUACUCGGAAAGAAGAUUUAACCGUACCAGAGAUGCCCUAAGAAGCGAGGGUCUAACCUUUCCGGCCAGAAUAACUGUGAAGCAACUCACACAUACAAUGCACUACUACGGCCUGUAUUUGAAGAAUGUGGAGUAUAUAUUUACCGUCAGCGCCUGUGGACUGUUUAAGCUGAACAAUGUUUUGCUUUUCUGCAUCGUAGGUGCGAUGCUUGACUACCUGAUGAUACUGAUACAAUUUGAUAAAGUCCUAAACCAAUAGCCGUCCAAAUCCCCAGACAAUGGAAAUAAAUAAAUGCAAAUUAAAUGUUUCCCUUUUCUUAAG